UUACCGCCAGAGGAGACGUCUCCGCUGUCUUUAGCUGCCAAUUCCAUGCCGGUGCCGAUACAUAGCUCUGUCACAUCCAAUGACACUGCCAGGACAGAUGUCCCUGCUGAAACAGGGCAAGUACUCUUCGCGCCACUCGGACAUCUCAGUGGAAGUUAUGCUGAUGAGAAUUUGACAGGCUCCUCGCGUCUCCCGAUACUGAAAGUACGCAAGAAACAUUCUCGUUGUUGAAUUUCGAAGAGGAAGAAAGUACCAACCCGAUGCUCACCGUGUCCCUGAUGGAACAUCAGGAACAGGGUUUACGCUGGAUGAUACAUAUGGAACAAAGCCACCGACACGGCGGCAUCCUGGCAGAUGAUAUGGGCCUGGGGAAAACAGUCCAGACAUUAGCGCUCAUCGCCUCGCGUCAGUCUUCCCAUCAGGAUCGACGUACAACGCUGGUGGUGGCACCGGCAGGCCUCAUAUCGCAGUGGAAGCGCGAAAUCGAGCGACUGUUGCCCGCUGAUCCGCGCGGCGCGCGAGUCCGCGUCCAUUCCGGACCUGCGCGACAAACCAGAUUCAGCGAUUUGUCCCGGUAUCAGAUUGUGCUGACUACCUACAACACUCUGGUGGCAGAAUUUCGACGGGGACAUCCAGAAUCGCCGCUUCUGGGCCGGGCCAGUAAGUGGCAUCGAGUCGUCUUGGACGAAGCACAAUAUAUCAAGAACGAUCGGACAAAGGCAGCCAUGGCCUGCUGCAUAUUGGAUGCCUCGUACCGCUGGUGUCUGAGCGGGACGCCCGUGAUGAACAGCCUGCGCGAGUUUUAUUCUUUGUUGCGUUUCCUGCGGGUCCAUCCCUACGCUGAUCUCGAUGUCUUCAACACCGUGAGUACUCGUGAUUGCCGCGACCGCCUCGUGGUAAUGGCACAGCUGCAAGAUCUUGUCAGAGAGAUCAUGCUCCGUCGCACUCAAACCUCCACUCUUGGUGGUCGACCGAUUGUCUCCUUACCGGCAAAGCACAUCACGACGGUGUACGUAACAUUCCGCCCGGACGAACGAAGACUCUACACGGCGCUAGAGAGCCGCACUCAACACCACUUCGGCCUCUUCCUCCACCAUGGAGGAGUUCGCCGAAACGACAUGUUGAGCCUCUUGCAGCGUCUCCAACAAGCCUGCUGCCAUCCAUUCCUUAUCCCGCAUGUCACCCAAGAAGCCAGUCUACCGCUCGAGCUAAACGCCAAACGCUUCACCGGUGCGGUGGUCGCCCGUCUGCGGGAUAAUGAUCGCGUGCUCGAUUGUCCCAUCUGCCUGACCCAGGUCGAUAACCCUCUGAUCUUCUUUCCCUGUGGCCACAGCAUCUGCGUGGAAUGCUUUGAGCGCGUGGCGGCCGAUGAUCGACUGCAUCACCAUAUUCCGGGGCAGGGCAACCGAAUUUCGUGCCCCGCUUGCCGCGCCAUCCUUGAUCUCUCUCACAUCACCGACUACGCUUCAUUUGUCCAGUGCCACUAUAUCCCGCGAGCAAGUAGCGCGAGCGGUCAAGCUGAUCUGUUGAGAAUGGGGGGCUCGCGGGACGGAGUACUCUCAAGUACAUUUGGUGAGCAUACAGACAAUGCGGCAGCGGACUCAGAUCUCCUCACCCACUUUGGCUUGAGUAGCGGCGGACUGUCUGUGCCGCAACGAGUUGCACGAGCCUUGCAUAUCCCAGUCUCCAUGCUGAGCCUGUCGGCUCGGAGGAAGCAGUCGGCAACGAGCCAGGCGGCCAGACGCCAAUACCGACAGGAUCUGGAAGCUCAGUGGAUUGGCAGCGCAAAAAUUGAUAGAGCUCUAGAGAUUGUACACGAGAUCCAGCGCCGUGGCUACAAGGAAAAAGUCGUCAUCUUCAGUCAAUUCACGGCGUUGUUGGAUCUCCUGGCUGUUCCUUUGCUGCAGAGAGGCUGGGUCUUCGAACGGUAUGACGGCAGCAUGACUCCGGCAGCGCGUGACGCAGCCGUCGCGAGCUUCACCGCCCAGCCCGACUGCGGGAUAAUGCUCAUGUCCCUCAAAGCCGGCAACGCGGGGCUGAACCUCGCCUGCGCAUCCGAAGUCAUCCUGCUAGACCCAUUCUGGAAUCCAUACGUCGAAGACCAGGCUGUGGGUCGUGUCUAUCGAAUCGGCCAGCAGCGCCCAGUACACGUACACCGUAUUCUUGUGCAGCAGACCAUUGAAGAUCGGAUCUUAGCACUGCAGAAUUCCAAACGUCAAUUGAUUGAAGGCAUUUUAGGUGAGAAUGCGGCGCUUUCUUCCGGCAACCCCGAUCAUCUCAGAAGAGAAGAUCUAGCCUAUCUCUUGGUAAGCUCUCCUGAGCAAGAUUUAUUACCGAUUUUUAGUGCAGCUGACAGCGUGAAGGGUUUUCGCGAGCCAAGGGAGACAAUUCCGCGGCAAUCAACCAUUGAAGGGGGACCGAUCGGGAUUAACUAA